AUGGGGCAGGCUUGCUCGGGUGACCGGGAUGAAGAGGGGCAGUUAUGCUUGAGCGGUCGCAACGGGACCAUGCCUGUGAGGACUCCAAGGAGUCCAAGCACAAUGACUGCUCGAGACUGGCUGGAGCGCUUCGAGCAAGAAGUCGGGCAGGUGCCGACCGUAGGUCAGCUCAUUAAUUUUGUCAAGGAGCGCCUCGGUGAGAUUUCAGAGCAGGCUGCGGAGGCAUGCCUCCGCUUGAGGAACCAGAAGGUUACCGAAGGGGGCUCGAGCAUGAGCCACAUAAAGGACAACGCCCAUGAAGUGGACAUGGUCACGCCGAUGUCUAUCGUGAUCUUCGGUGCGACGGGGGAUCUCGCAAAGAAGAAGCUGUAUCCUGCUGUGUACCAGCCGGCGGAUGUUCGGAUGCCCUGGCGCGCCGCUGGUGCCACAAAACGCGAACGUGGUGGGCUACGGACGCUCUCCUGUCGCGCUCGACGACUUCUUGGCGAAGCAGUGCGUCAACGUCAAGGGAGGCCAUCCUGCUCUUUCUGCUGA